CUUGUCUACUCGCUGCAGCCUGCAACUCAAAUGAACGACACCUAACCCUAUAGAGUCGUACGAACACACACCUCACAGUAAAACCCCUCCAUGUUUCUCACCAAGCUCUCCCGCCUAAACCCAAACCCACUCUUACUCAUUCUCACGCGCCACCUCUCCAACCCCUCGAAACUCCACGACCGCUACUCCUUCAAACCCCCACCCUCCCUUUCCCCAAACACCCAAGGCCAAAACCCGAACCAUAAUAACCCCAAGAAGAAGCAGAAACCCCAGUAUCGCCCGCCAUCGUCCCUCGACCGAACGGGUCAGAAGCCGAUACAUUCGGAUUUGCCCUUCGAUUUCAGGUACAGCUACACCGAGAGCAGCCCGACGGUGAGGCCCAUUGGGCUGCGCGAGCCCAAGUACUCGCCUUUUGGGCCGGGGCGGAUUGACCGGGAAUGGAUCGGGGUGUGUGCGCCGGCUGUGGACCCCAAGGUGAGGUCCGUGCAGGGAGCAGAGGAGGAUCCGAAAUUGGAAGAGAAGAGGAAGAGGAGGAGACAGAAGGUUCAGGGAGAGCCUCUAACUCCGGCCGAGAGGAAAAUAUUGGUGGACAAGUGCCAGAGGCCCAAAACCAAGAGGCAAAUCAAUUUGGGCAGAGAUGGUUUAACUCACAAUAUGCUGAAUGAUAUUCAAAACCAUUGGAAACAUGAUGAAGCGGUGAGGAUAAAAUGUCUAGGUGUUCCCACCGUUGACAUGAAAAAUGUUUGCACCCAACUUGAGGACAAAACCUUCGGAAAAAUCAUCCACAGACAUGGUGGUGUACUUGUGUUAUACAGAGGCAGGAACUAUAAACCCAAGAAAAGGCCCGUGAUUCCAUUAAUGUUGUGGAGGCCACAUGAGCCCAUAUAUCCCAGGCUGAUCAAAACUACAAUUGAUGGCCUAAGCAUUGAGGAAACAAAGGAAAUGAGGAAGAGAGGAUUAGCUGUCCCUGCUUUAACAAAACUUGCCAAGAAUGGUUAUUAUGGUAGUCUGGUAUCCAUGGUUAGAGAUGCUUUUAUCUGCUGUGAGCUGGUUCGGAUAGACUGCCAGGGUCUUGAGAAGAGUGAUUACAAGAAAAUAGGCUGCAAACUCAGGGAUCUUGUGCCUUGUAUCCUGGUGACAUUUGAGAAGGAACAGAUUGUAGUUUGGAGAGGAAAGGACUAUAAGCCUCUAGAGGAUGGAUACUUCCUUCCAGAUCGAGAACUGUUUGAUAAUCCAGAAGGUGAUUUGGUUUCAGGAGAAGAGGGGUGUGGUAACUCAGAUGGCAACAGUAGCGAAGAGGAAUUCGACUCUGGUGAAGAGUAGUAGUCCCUUCUUGCCGCAAGUUACAGACACCACAUGGGUGUUAUCGGUUGGAGACUUGGAUUUGAUCAAGCUUUUCUUCUCCCAAUUGCAAUUUUGGAAUUCAUGGAGAGCCGAGUGGAGCCGGUCCACAAUAUCCUGGAAAUGGUAUUUGGGUGCAUUUUUGGGUUGUGUUGUAGCGAGGAAACUGCCUAUUGAAAUUAGAUAACAAGAUCUAACAGGUCCCCCUCUGCAAGGCAAAAAAUGGAAAAAAGAGAAAUACUUAUUCCGUAUGAGUGUGGAGUGAAAAAAGGUAAAAGGAGCCAAAACCUGAAGUGAGAAAACUGUACUGGAAUUGGGUGAAAAAACCAAGGGUAAGAAUUGCAUAAGAUUCUUUGGAUUUGAUUCUCACCGUUUGGAUGCCAAAAGAAAUGUUUGCAUUAUUAUUGUUCAAAGAGUAUGAAUAUGGAGUGAUUCUAUGUAUCAAAUGAACUCUGACUCUCAGAUUGCGGAGAUUUAAUAUGCAGAGACUGAUACUAAUCCUAAUUGGGCUA